AGGUGGUGUGCAGAGUGUCACUCCCACCGUCACCGCAGCAGCACAUGUGUGUGUUGUUUUUCCUACACCUUUGAUCUGCUUUGCCUUUUGCCUUAAAUACAAUACAUUUUCAGAAGUUAGUAUAGUGGACAUUGGGUAAUGCAAUGACUAUGAAGCUCUCUUUUCUUGUAUUAUGCCUCUUCCUUCCUCUUUGCUUGGCGGCCAAUGUCACCUAUGACCGCCGUUCCCUCAUCAUCGACGGCCAACGCAAGCUCCUCAUCUCUGCUUCCAUUCACUAUCCUCGCAGCGUUCCUGCCAUGUGGCCAAGUCUUAUUCAAAACGCCAAGGAAGGAGGUGUUGAUGUCAUUGAGACUUAUGUCUUCUGGAAUGGUCAUGAACUCUCCCCUGACAAUUAUCAUUUUGAUGGUCGAUUUGAUCUCGUCAAAUUCAUUAACAUCGUUCACGAUGCCGGAUUGUAUCUAAUUUUGCGCAUUGGUCCCUUCGUUGCAGCCGAGUGGAACUUUGGUGGAGUACCUGUUUGGCUGCAUUAUAUUCCUAAUACUGUAUUUCGAACAGACAAUGCAUCUUUCAAGUUUUAUAUGCAGAAGUUCACUACAUACAUAGUGAGCCUAAUGAAAAAGGAGAAGCUUUUUGCUUCGCAGGGGGGUCCUAUCAUCUUGUCUCAGGCAAAAAAUGAGUACGGGGAUAUAGAAAGAGUUUAUGGAGAAGGAGGGAAGCCAUAUGCUAUGUGGGCAGCUCAAAUGGCUGUUUCUCAGAAUAUAGGCGUUCCAUGGAUAAUGUGUCAGCAAUAUGAUGCUCCUGACCCUGUGAUUAAUACUUGCAAUUCAUUCUACUGUGACCAAUUCACACCUAAUUCUCCAAACAAACCCAAGAUGUGGACGGAGAAUUGGCCCGGAUGGUUCAAAACAUUUGGAGCAAGGGAUCCUCAUAGGCCUCCAGAGGACAUUGCUUUCUCAGUUGCUCGCUUUUUCCAAAAAGGUGGUAGUCUGCAAAACUACUACAUGUAUCAUGGCGGAACAAAUUUUGGUCGUACUGCUGGUGGGCCAUUUAUUACCACAAGUUAUGACUAUGAUGCACCUAUUGAUGAAUAUGGUUUACCUAGGCUUCCAAAGUGGGGACACCUGAAGGAACUUCAUAGGGCUAUAAAGUUGACUGAGCGUGUACUGCUUAACAGUGAGCCAACAUAUAUCUCAUUAGGUCCCUCUCUAGAGGCUGAUGUCUACACCGAUUCAUCUGGAGCCUGUGUCGCCUUUAUUGCUAACAUAGAUGAAAAAGACGAUAAGACAGUCCAGUUUCGAAAUAUUUCAUAUCAUUUACCUGCUUGGUCAGUUAGUAUUCUGCCCGACUGCAAGAAUGUAGUCUUUAACACGGCAAUGAUUAGGUCCCAAACAGCUAUGGUUGAAAUGGUUCCUGAAGAACUUCAUCCUUCAGUGGAUGCAACAAAUAAAGACUUGAAAGCCCUCAAAUGGGAAGUCUUCGUAGAGCAAGCUGGAAUUUGGGGUAAAGCUGACUUUGUUAAGAAUGUUCUGGUUGACCACCUCAAUACCACAAAAGACACAACAGAUUACCUGUGGUAUACGACCAGCAUUUUUGUAAAUGAAAAUGAAAAGUUUCUCAAGGGAAGUCAACCGGUUCUUGUAGUCGAAUCAAAGGGUCAUGCCCUUCAUGCAUUUAUCAACAAGAAACUGCAAGUUAGUGCAACUGGGAAUGGAUCAGAUAUAACAUUCAAAUUUAAGCAAGCCAUUUCUCUCAAGGCUGGGAAAAAUGAAAUUGCUCUUCUAAGCAUGACUGUUGGUCUACAAAAUGCUGGACCAUUUUAUGAGUGGGUGGGAGCCGGACUUUCAAAAGUUGUUAUAGAGGGGUUUAACAAUGGCCCAGUGGACUUGUCUUCUCAUGCUUGGUCCUACAAGAUUGGGUUGCAAGGCGAGCACCUUGGUAUUUACAAGCCAGACGGGAUAAAAAAUGUCAAAUGGUUAUCAUCCAGGGAACCCCCAAAGCAACAACCUUUGACUUGGUACAAGGUUAUUCUGGACCCUCCAUCCGGAAAUGAACCCGUUGGGCUGGAUAUGGUUCAUAUGGGUAAAGGCCUGGCAUGGUUAAAUGGGGAAGAAAUAGGAAGAUAUUGGCCCAGGAAAAGCUCUAUUCAUGAUGUGUGCGUUCAGAAGUGCGACUACAGGGGCAAAUUCAGACCAGAUAAAUGCUUAACCGGAUGUGGAGAACCAACCCAACGGUGGUAUCAUGUUCCAAGAUCAUGGUUCAAGCCAUCUGGAAAUAUUUUGGUGAUUUUUGAAGAGAAAGGCGGAGAUCCAACACAAAUCAGAUUAUCUAAACGCAAGGUCUUGAGCAUAUGUUCCCAUCUUGGAGAAGGGCAUCCUUCGAUUGAGUCGUGGUCUGGAACUGAAAAAGUAGAGAGAAAGAGCAAAGCAACAGUCCAUUUGAAGUGCCCUGACAAUAGCCGAAUAGCCAAAAUUAAAUUUGCAAGCUUUGGAACUCCACAGGGAAGUUGUGGAUCCUAUAGUAUAGGUGACUGUCAUGAUCCUAAUUCAAUAUCCCUGGUUGAGAAGGUGUGUCUUAAUAGAAACGAGUGUAGAAUUGAGUUAGGAGAAGAGGGGUUCAACAGGGGUUUGUGUCCAACUGCAACUAAGAAAUUAGCAGUUGAAGCAAUGUGCAGCUAGUAAGAAACGACACAUUCAUUCAUACUGAAUACGAAAAUCUCGUGAAAUAAUGUUAUCCAUGUGUUGCUUCCAUUUGUCUUUUUGUUAACCAUGUUUAUGAAAUAUGAGAAAGGUACUGCUUCCUUAGUUCCUUGUACUGUCUUUUUGUUAACCAUGUUUAUGAAAUAUGAAAUAUGAGAAAAUAUCGAUGCCCAUUAAA